GCAAACGCGAGGGGGCUGGCGCUGCCCAACGCUGGGUGGUCCCCGGGGCUGGCCCCGAGGGCUCAGAGAGGACAGAGGGGAUGGAGGGGGCUGCAUCGGCGUCCACCCGGGUGUCGGGGGGCUGCCAGCGAGCGCUGCCCCAUCGCUCUCCCCUCCUGUAGUGCAGAGGGACCCCCCCCACCCCGAGCCAGGCCAGGCACCUGCCCCGCUCCAGCGCUCGCCCCCUCCCCGGGACGGCCGGCGUGUCUCAGCAGCAUGGGGAAGCAGAACAGCAAACUGCGGCCCGAGAUGCUCCAGGACCUGCGGGAAAACACCGAGUUCUCCGACCUGGAGCUGCAGGGCUGGUACAAGGGCUUCCUGAAGGACUGUCCCUCCGGCAUCCUCAACGUGGAGGAGUUCAAGAAGAUCUACGCCAACUUCUUCCCCUACGGCGAUGCCUCCAAGUUCGCCGAGCACGUCUUCCGCACCUUCGACACCAACGGCGAUGGCACCAUCGACUUCCGAGAGUUCAUCAUCGCCCUGAGCGUCACCUCCCGCGGGAAGCUGGAGCAGAAGCUCAUGUGGGCCUUCAGCAUGUACGACCUGGAUGGCAACGGCUACAUCAGCCGGGAGGAAAUGCUGGAGAUCGUGCAGGCCAUCUACAAAAUGGUCUCCUCCGUGAUGAACAUGCCCGAAGAUGAAUCGACUCCAGAGAAAAGAACGGAAAAAAUCUUCCAACAGAUGGAUGCUAAUAACGACGGCAAGCUCUCGCUGGAGGAGUUCAUCAAAGGUGCCAAGAGUGACCCGUCCAUCGUGCGCCUGCUGCAGUGUGACCCCAGCAGCACUGUGCAGCUCUGAGCCCCGCGGACCCCCGCAGCCCCCCCACAGCCCCACAGCACCCCUUGACCCUGCAGCCGGCCACUGCCCACCAUCCCUUGCCCGGCCCCCGCGGUCCCCACCACCGUGUCCCCACAGCCCCUCGCGGAGAGAGAGCUGGAGGCUGGGGCAAGGGGGAGCCCAGGGGGGACAGUCCCCAUUGCUGGGGGGCUCCUGCACUGGCUCUCGACUGGGGGAAGGAUGGAGGCAGGGUCUGCCCUGAGCGAGGACGCUUCCCCUCAGCACCGGGGGCGCGGAGCAGGGGGACAACCCAGCCCAGCGAAGCCACUGCUGCAUCUCCAGUGGGCACGGGGACCCGGCCCAGGGGACAAAGAGCCGGUGGCUCAGGGGCCUCCC